AACCGCGUGAGAAAGUUGCCAUUGAGGUAAAGCUGAGCUACACGGAGGAUCCCCGCCGCCGCUCCGGGGAGUUGUUUUUAUUCAAACCUACAAAAUAUUUACUCUUUUUUUCGUGUACUCUCUUUUGGAUGCAUUCAAACUCUGUGGGGAAGUAAAUAUUUCAUAUUUUUGGUAACUGUUCAACCGCCAACGGACGACCGCGGCGAAUCUAGUGGGAACUCUUCACUGCAAUUAACUUGUGUGUGCGUGUCUGUGUGGAUUUGUGUGUGUGUGUGUGUGUUGCGCUGACUGAGAGCCCGCAGUUCGCGGCAGUCUGUUGACGGUCUGCUGGUUUGACUUUUCACUUGUUUGUUCGCCUCUCCGCAACGUUACUGGGAAUACAUCGGAUCGUACCCCAAAGGAAACCGACGCCGGAGUGAAUCGACUGGCUCCUGCUGCCCUCCUUUUUUUUUUUUUCUUCCCUCCCCGGUUUCUCACCUGGUACUCGCCGUCCACCCCUCCCCUUUUUAGCCGCCUCCGGCUAACUAGCGGUUUCCCUAGUUUUUCCGGUUGAUUGACGGCCGCGCUGCCGGUGGAGGCGGAGGAGAGACAACGGCGCGAGGAGCGCGAAGCGGUCCGUGAACUCGGGAGGGAGCGCUCGAUUCUGUCUACAAAGCGGCGACGGUUGGCGCUUACGACAACGGCCGAUGGAUUCGUGCCCGUGAUCCGGAGCACCGCACGUCUCCACUCUGACCCGAUUUGAUCCCUCGAAGCUAAAGGAAGGAAACGGUCGCAUCCCUCCCGGAGACGAUCAUGUUUCCCCAGGGGCGACACCCGACGCCGCACCAGGCUCCAGGCCAGCCCUUCAAGUUCACCAUCCCAGAGUCACUGGACCGCAUCAAGGAGGAGUUCCAGUUUCUUCAGGCCCAGUACCACAGCCUCAAGAUGGAGUGUGAGAAGCUGGCCAGUGAAAAGACCGAGAUGCAGCGACACUAUGUCAUGUACUACGAGAUGUCCUAUGGCCUCAACAUUGAAAUGCACAAACAGACUGAGAUUGCCAAGAGACUAAACACCAUCUGUGCCCAAGUCAUUCCCUUCCUCUCACAGGAGCAUCAGCAGCAAGUGGUCCAAGCUGUGGAGCGGGCCAAGCAGGUGACCAUGGCCGAGCUGAAUGCGGUCAUCGGAGUACGGGGCCUGCCGGGCCUUCCACCAACGCAGCACCUGUCCCAUAACCACAGUGGUGCCCCUGUGCCCCUCACCCCUCACCCAUCCGGCCUCCAUCCCUCUCAGCUGGGCGGUUCAGCUGGUCUACUGGCUCUAUCGGGGGGACUCGGUGCUCUCCCCCCUCACAUGUUGGGAAAAGAUGGCGGCGAUAAAAAGCCCCACAUGUCGGGGCCGGACUCACACGCAUCAGGACCCGACCACCUGAGAGAACGAGAGCCCGGCACUAGUAACUCAUCCCUUCCAGAAAGUCUUAGGAAUUCAGAUAAGCGACGCAAUGGACCAGAGUUUCCAAACGACACCAAGAAGCGCAAGGUUGAGGACAAGGACUCCAGCCACUAUGACAGCGAUGGGGAGAAGAGUGAUGAUAAUUUAGUGGUGGAUGUCUCGAAUGAGGAUCCAGCCUCCCCGCGUGGCACGCCUCUGCCCUCCCCUAGAGAAAACGGCCUGGAUAAAGCACGUCUUCUCAAGAAAGACCCCUGUAGUCCAGCUUCUACUGCGUCAUCAGCCAGCUCCUCCUCCCUCAAGUCCAAAGAGAUGGCAAUGCGAGACAAAGCGGGAACACCUGGACUCAAGUCAAGCACACCCACACCCAGAGGGGACUCCACCCCAGGUCCGAGCGCCACUCCUGGAACCCGGCCUAGUCUAUCAAAACCCCCAUCAAUGGAGAUACCACAUCCGGCCACUGCAGGUCUGCGGACCCCCCUGGCCGUACCCGGCCCGUACCCGGGGGCCUUUGGUAUGUUACCGCAUGGGGCCGGGAUGAACGGGGAGCUGGCAGGUGCAGCCGGAGCUGCAGCCUACGCUGCUGGAUUGCACAACAUGUCGCCUCAGAUGAGUGUCGCUGCCGCGGCUGCUGUGGCUGCGUACGGCCGUUCACCUAUGGUUGGUUUUGAUCCUCAUCCUCACAUGCGAGUUCCUGGAAUGCCUCCCAGUCUGACAGGAAUCCCUGGCGGCAAACCUGCUUAUUCUUUUCACGUGGCGGCCGACGGACAGAUGCAGCCGGUACCGUUCCCUCCAGAUGCUUUGGUGGGCCCGGGGAUUCCUCGCCACGCCCGUCAGAUCAACACACUGAACCACGGGGAGGUGGUGUGCGCCGUUACCAUCAGUAACCCGACCCGACACGUAUACACAGGAGGAAAGGGUUGCGUCAAGGUUUGGGACAUCAGUCACCCAGGAAACAAGAGCCCGGUGUCGCAGCUCGACUGCCUGAACCGAGACAACUACAUCCGCUCCUGUCGUCUCCUCCCUGAUGGUCGCACACUGAUUGUGGGAGGUGAGGCGAGCACGCUGUCAAUCUGGGAUUUGGCCACGCCCACUCCCAGGAUUAAGGCAGAGUUAACAUCAUCGGCACCGGCGUGUUACGCUCUGGCCAUUAGUCCAGACUCCAAGGUCUGCUUCUCCUGCUGCAGCGAUGGAAACAUUGCGGUCUGGGAUUUACAUAAUCAGACGCUAGUCAGGCAGUUUCAGGGCCACACAGAUGGAGCCAGCUGUAUAGACAUCUCCAAUGAUGGCACCAAGCUGUGGACCGGGGGCCUCGAUAACACUGUCCGCUCCUGGGAUCUGAGAGAGGGACGGCAGCUGCAGCAGCAUGACUUCACAUCACAGAUCUUCUCUCUUGGCUACUGUCCGACAGGAGAGUGGCUCGCUGUUGGAAUGGAGAGCAGCAACGUGGAGGUCCUACACGUCACCAAGCCUGACAAAUACCAGCUUCACCUCCAUGAGAGCUGCGUGCUGUCCCUGCAGUUUGCCUACUGUGGUAAAUGGUUUGUGAGCACAGGAAAGGAUAACUUACUGAACGCUUGGAGAACACCCUAUGGAGCCAGCAUAUUCCAGUCUAAAGAAUCGUCUUCUGUGUUGAGCUGUGACAUAUCUGUGGACGACAAAUACAUCGUCACUGGUUCAGGGGACAAAAAGGCCACUGUUUACGAGGUCAUCUACUAAAACUACAGAUAGAAAGCAAGGACAUUAAUUCCUUCCCACGCAGGAGCCAGAAAUUUGCAAACACGAGUGACCUUGAUUGCACUUUCUUUUUUUCUGCUCUAUCUGCUGAGGUGGCACAGAAAGGAGACAAACAUUUUACAUGCACACAUCUGUUAUGAUUGUGUACAUGACUGCGUAUCAGCUGGGAAUUGACUGGAGCAGCUGGAUGUUUAAUGGAGGGAGACAGAUUAUUUUGAUGUUCUCGUCUCCACCGCUUUGUGCUCCGGACUGCAAGGGAAUCAGUUACAGGGACCAAACAAGGACUGGCGCUGCUUUGCUUUGACUGCGACCAGCUCACCUGGAGAACGCUGCACCGAGCAUUAGAUUUUAAAAUACACUUGAUUCAGUGUCACGACCAGGGGCAGAGAGCCCAGGAGGAACACUCAACCAGGAGGACCAACACCUAAUCAAAUGUCAGACGGGAAGAGGAGAAUGGGGACACAAUCUCUGAGAGACGGAGCAGGACGGUGAUUUAAGAGCAUGUUGGAUUGAAUUUUGUCGCAGUCAGACAAUGCUGGCGGCCUGUUGGUCUCUCAGCUCUGACUCUCUGACCGUGGAACCUCAGCUUGCUGCUCUGGCAAGCCUUCACUGAAAAGUACCUUUUCUGUCUGGACAGUAAGCCCCAUCCUCAAUAAAGUGCACUGUAACGGUAGCUGUCCACCCAGACACUGAGUACACACACACACACACACACACACUAUGUUCACAGUUCUUACCGGCUUUGGGUGCCAGCCAAAAGUAUUCACGUACUUUGGAGAACAAUUGUUUUAAAAGAGAAUUUACUCGAAACGUUGCUACAAAUUUUGUUUCUUUCUAAUGAUCCGGCUUGAAAGACCGUUUAUUGGAGAAACACGUUUAGGAGAAUGAAAUAAUCCACAUUUUGAUUUAUUGAUCCUCGUUUUCUAGAACAAAUUUAUUUCUCAACCUCUAUUGUUUUCACGUAACUGCACUCCACAGGCAACAGAAGCCGUCAUGUGAUUUCUUUAGCUGACUUUUUCUUUCUCCUUUUUCACGUCUAUUUUUGAGCUGCAGUGUAAAUUACAGGCAGCAUGUGUUGAGCGGCUCGAUCAUUGGUCAGCUAUUGGACAUGGCUUCAUUCAAACCGCGACUUCAUGUUGAAGUCAAGACAUCCGCCUGCUGUUUUAAUGCACUACAUUUGUCUGUGCCCUCUGUACAAUAAGUAUUGGCUACGUUCAUAAUGAUAAGAAAUAGUAGUGUCUAAAUGAUCCUUUUCUGUUCAUUUAAGUCAAAUAACAUUUUCAAUUCCUUCACUAAACAAACCUGAAAACAAUUUCCUUUUUUAUAAUGUUACUUCUUUCUGCUAACAUUGUUGAAUGGGGGACAUCUGUGAAAUUGUCUUGAAGUACAACUGUGUCAUGUUGUCUUUUCUCCUUGAAAGCCGAUUAAACCCCCUGAGCAGAAUCCCACCGUUAGUCAAUAGUCCACCGGUGGAAGGUGCAGUUGUCCUUCAGCUUCAGGAAGUAUUCAUUUCAUGACUUAUUGCUUACUUCUGUUUGUUGAAUGUUUGUAAAAAUGUAAAUAUGUUGUUUGUUUUUUUUCAUACAGGACAUGCUUUAGAAAUAAGUGUUUUUGUACGUCUUUUACAUGGAAAGAAAUGUCUAAUCAGGAGAAAUACUAAAUGGUCUUAAUGCUAGCUAAUCUAAAAUCAUUGAAAUAUCUAGACAAUAAAUGUUUUUUUUUUGUAA